AGCGAUAUUUGUUUGAUUAGAUAUUAUUUUUAAAUCAUGGAGAAUCAAAAUUAUUAAUUCUUAUUGCUUCUUAUCAUUAUAUUAUCUUUCUUCAAGCCAAACAAAUAUCAAUUGUUUGAACUUAAAAAUGAGCUCCGACAUCUCUAAAUCGUCUUUCAAAAAACAGUAACCUAGGUAUAAAAAAUGCGGCAACCGCUGAAAAAAAAUUCUUUACCUGCUCCUUCGCAUUAUAGUAGACAUCCAUCAUUCAAUUGGCCCUAUCUAUCUCAAGCUUUCUAUAAUUUUAUUACAAAACCAUGGAUAAUUCUAUUGAUCACGGUUGUAAUGUGUUAUAGCAAUGCUUUCCAAGGAGAUUUCGUAUUCGAUGAUAUACCAGCCAUAGUCAAUAAUCCCGAUGUGAUUUCGAAAGAUCUCAAAAGUUGGAUCAAUAUUUGGAAACACGAUUACUGGGGAAAUUCUAUCAGAAGUGUUACAAGCCAUAAAUCUUACAGACCUUUGUCAACUUUUACCUUCAAGCUAAAUUAUGUCAUGAGUGGACUGAACCCUACUUAUUUCCAUUUGGUCAACGUACUGUUGCAUUAUUGUGUGUGCCUGCUUGUUCACAGCAUAUGCAAAGCAUUGAUGAAAAACGAUAAAGAUUUAAGCUCGUCGGAUCAAAUAUCCCUUCACGCCUCAUUGCUAUUUGCCGUACACCCAAUCCAUUGUGAUGCGGUAACUAGCAUCGUUGGUAGAAGUGAAAUAUUAGCUGGUCUUUUCUUUCUAUCUUCAUUCACCUUUUUCGUGAACGCCACUCGAAAUCCCUACACAAAACCAUAUAAAUUUAGCAUUAGCAUGAUGUUUGCAUUGUUUUCAAUGCUAAGCAAAGAACAAGGCAUCACAAUUAUUGGCAUACUGAUAGUCUAUGAAAUUUUAUAUAAUAUAUUUCUCAAUAAUUAUAAAGACAAACAACUCGUUGUAAAAACUUUAUUUUCCUCUCGCAUAAAAAGUAUGAUACUUUCUCUUAAUCUGUGCUUAUUUAUGAGAAUAUGGGUUAUGGGAUCUCAACUACCUCAAUUCUUCAAGUUCGAUAAUCCAGCUAGCCAUGCUAGGUUUCCUGUCAGACAACUUACUUACAAUUAUUUGGCAGCUCUUAAUAUUUGGAAACUAAUUUUUCCUUAUAAAUUAAGUUGUGAUUGGUCAAUGGGCUCUAUUUCACUAUUAACACUCAUGGAUCACAGAAAUUUAUUGACCCUCGUCAUUUAUUCGAUCAUAUUAAUUUUGCUGUGGAAAACAAUUUACCAUAUAUUUCAAGGUUUUAAGGGAAAUACCAAUCUUCAAGAGUCAAAAUUUAUAUUAAUGGGACUUUUGCUUUUGAUCGUGCCAUAUAUUCCCGCUAGCAAUCUAUUUUUUCCAGUUGGAUUUGUUUUAGCUGAAAGAAUUUUGUACAUUCCUAGCAUCGGUCUGUGUUUUUUAGUCAGUUUCGGAAUUCAUAAAUUAAUGUUGACUUCAUUUAAAUUUCGGUUAUUCAAGAAUAGAUCAUUUUGGGUCUAUCUUUUGAUCUUGGUUUGUAGCCUCAAAACUUAUCGAAGGAAUACUGAAUGGAUGAAUGAAAAGGCCCUUAUGCAAUCCGCUAUCAAAAUUAUACCACAAAAUGCCAAAUUAUGGAAUAAUUUAGGGCACUAUUGGGAAAGGAAAAAUAAAUUACAUUAUGCCUUAGCACACUAUAAAAAAGCUAUCAAACAUCAAUCGGAUGAUGUCGGAGCUUUUAUUAAUAUCGGAAGAAUAUAUUGCAAAUUAAACCUCUUAACGGAUUGCGAAAAAUCUUACAAAAAAGGUGUUGAUCUAUUGAGUUCCAUGUAUAUAGAAAAGUCGAAUCAUAUUAUUGAGAGUUUUCAUAAAACACAUCCAAAAAUUUCAUUUCAAAUACCCUUAAAUUGGAUAGAUGCCUACAUAGGUAUGGGAGACGUCAUAAAUAAAAAUAAAAUAAGGACACGAGAAGCAAUCUAUUACUAUGAGUUAGCCUUGUAUUGGCAGCCAAAUAACACCAAAGCCAGGUUAAAACUCGCGCAAAUGUUACAUCACGUGAAAAACUAUUCACAGAGUCAAAAGGAGUAUUUAAAAGCUAUUCAGAACACCGGAGAUCAAAAAACAUCAGAUUUUUUAUACGAGGUUGCCGUAGAUUUUUUGGAUAAAGAUACCAACGAUUACUUCCUAAAGCACAUAGAAGAUUCGCUUAUACUAAACCCCUGUCAUGCAAAGUCUUUGAUAUGGUCAGCUAUUUAUCAUAUAUCAAGAUUGGGUGACACAUCUUUAUCCCUAGCAAGAGAGAAAUUGUUAAAAAUAAUUGAUUGCCCUCAAUCUGUUCAUAAUGCGCAAGUGGAAAUAUUGGCUCACUCUUACUAUCUUUUAGCACAAUUGUCUAUUAAUCAAGGAGAUCAUAGAAAGGCUUUAGAGUUUAUUCUUUCUUCGUUACAAUUUAAUCCCACACAUCAGGGUAGCCUUUAUAACGCCGCCUUGAUAAUGAGGGAUAAUUUAAGACAGUUAAAGAGUGUUACCAAUUUUAAAUUAAGUGCCAUAAAAAGUUUGAAAGACGUUGAUAAAAGAACUUUUACCAUAAUCAAGAAAUUAGAAUCAAUAUUAUACGAGUCUAAAAGUUUUGUGGAUCGGUUAUUAAAAUGGUAUCCCACUCACGUCAAAGGUUUAUUACUCUCUGGGGAUAUAUAUUAUAGAGAUCUUGAAGAUCCUGUCAAGGCUUUGUUUGAUUAUGAAUCUGCUAUAAAACUUCUUUCCGAAUCCUUCGAUGCAAAAUCAAGCCAAAUAUACCCCGAGAAAGAUCAAGUAUGGCAUUUAGACUCCUAUCCUAUAGUGAAUCGAAAAGAUGGUGAACAAUUAAAUCAUCUGUUUGUGGCUCGACAUAAUGUUUGUUUGAUAUACAUUGAAACACGAAAACUUAUAAAAGCGCGGGAUUGUGUGAAUGCGCUUCAAAAUGACACGACGCGUUACCCGGUCUUCAAAGCGUUCUCUAAAAUUAUCCUAAAUUCUCAACAAAGAUUAUUAGCAUUGCAAUAAAAAAAUUCGCAAUUCAUUUCGUUAAAAAAUAAUAUAAUAUUUU